AUGCGGCCGAGUAGACCCGCUACCGAAGCCGACCUGAAGGAGCGACGAAAUGGCAUCUCACUAGAUCCUAAGGGUCGUGCGUACAGGGCCACACCAGUUACUGUGUUGUUGAAUCGGUGCAAGGCACGGCCCUUGCGGACAGACGAUGCGAGACGUCUUCAGGUUUUCGAAGACCGAUGCCCAGAAUCACGGCUGGUUAUGGUGGACUUCAGUGUGUUAGUCAUCAGGCGAUCAGAAAACGGGCAUUUGAUUGUGCGGUGGGUACUUCAGUCUGGGAAAACGCCACCCAUCAGCGCCUCUGAUAGCUCGGUCAUGUGCUGCACAUGCCGAAACACCGUCUACCGAGAUGUGUGUUGUGCUCUGCGCCUCCUCCAGGAUGGCGCAAACCCAGAGGUGAACACCACACUGCUUAGCAGAAAGCCAAGAGAGUCGACUGCCUCACCCAUGGAUGUUUGA